AUGAGCAAGCUAUUCUUUCAAGAUUUCCUAUCCUCUAGAACCAGAUCUAUGUAAGAUAGGAAGAAGAUGGUUAAAACACAACAAGAAAUAGAGAGAAUAAGUGAGAGAAAAAUAAGUGAAACAUUAAAAUCUAACGAACAUAUUGUUGAUGAACUUAGACUGUACAAGAUGAAAUUGGAGAAACAGGUUCAAGAUUAUUAAUAAAAAAAUUUAGAAUUGGUUGAGAAGGUAUCCUAUUUAGAAGUGCAGAAUACAACAUUAUUAUAUGAAUUGGAAACAUCCAAAUUGAAAUUAGAAACUAUUGCUAAUGCAUAAUAGUCAUCAUAAACAUAAUAAAUUAACAUAUUGAAAGAAUAAGUAGAUUCAUUAAUUAAAUAUAAAACUGAGAAUGAAUCCUAUAAGGCAUAAGUGGUAACAUUAAAGAAUGAGAAUUAAAACUAUUAGCAGGAGAUUAAAGAAUUAAUUGAAACGAAUGCCUAAAUCAAAUCUUAAUAUUCGAGUAUAAUGAAAGAAAAUAAGAGAUGCUAAUAAUAGUUGGAUAAUAGUUAAAAUGAAUUCUACAAAUUAUCAGAAAAGUUCAAUCAAUUUGAAUCUAUGUACCAUAGUAAAAUUAAGUAUUAUGAGGAACUCCAAAAAUAGUUUGAGUUAGAAUAACAAAGGGCAAACUUUUAAUAUUAAGAGUUGGUAAGAGAGCUGCAUCUAUUGGAAAAUGAAAAUUAAUAAUUAUAUAAAUAGUUAUAGAUUAGUCAAUUUGAAAAAGAUGAGAAAGAUAAAAAAACAAAGGAUGAAUAGAAUUAAUUAAAAUUGGAAUUACACAAAAUUUAAGAUGAAAAUAAAAUAUUAGAGAAAUCACACAGGACUUUAAAAAUAGAAAAAAAAGUUAUUUAUGACAAUUAGAAUCAAAAUAAAUAGAAAAUCAAUAAGUUGGAGUAAGACUUAAAUUAGAAGGAUCAAAUAAUAAAAUAAAUGGAAUAAGAGUUACAAGAAAAGGUUUUGAUAAUUCAUUAACUUGAAAACAUUGCUUAUGGAUUAAAGUAGAGUGCUUAGGAAGGGAAAGAAAAUACUAAUUAAACAUUAUUAUAAUAUAAGGAUUUAAUGAAGGAAUGUGACUAGCUGGAACAACAAAUAGCAAGAUUAGAAUAGGAUAAUGAUAUUGUAAAAAAGGAAUAUGAAUAGGUGUUGUAUGAAUUAAAGGAUACCCAACAAGAAAAUAGGUAAUUAUAAGAAAGAAAUGCUUUACUUAUCAAGGAUAACUAAUAAAUAUAGAUUGAGAACACUGGUUUAUAAAUGGAGAUUCAGAACUUAAAUUAAAGAGUUGCAGAAUUAUAAUCAUAUGCAGUUGAAUUUUAAAGGGAACUUAAAGAUCAUAUAGAAUAAUAAAGUAAAAUAAAUUAAUAAAGAUCUUUUUAAAACUCUCAAUAUCUGUAGAAUUCUGCGACUUUAAGUAAUCAAAGAAAUAGUUAUAAUUCAAUACAAAGAGGCACAGAUGACUCUCAAGCCAUGGGCAAUCAAUCACCCUUAUCGAAUUAGACCAAUACAGUGAACCAAUUAAAAAAGUUAGUUAAAUAAUAAUGUGUAGAAGGAAACCCAAAUCUUGGUCAAUAAUCUAUUGAGAAUACAAAAAGACACCAAGCAAGAACUGAUCAUUUUUCCAAUUCAAGUAAACUAUAAACUGAUAGGUAAUUUGAUGAUCAUUCGAAAGAAAAUUGCUUAUAAAUUUUAUAGGACAAAUACUAUGCUUUAAGGAACAGAAUUUACGAAUAAAAAAAAUGA